AUGCGCGCCGGCGACCUGCCGCUGAGCGCCUGGUGGGGCGUCGCCGCGCUGACGAAGCGCGACGUGCUGGAGUUGCAACUGAUCUCCGCGGGCUCCGUCGCCGGCCUCGUCGUCGGCCCCUGGCUGCUCUACCACGGUCGCAGGGUCGACCCGCUCUACAAGUACCCCUGCAGCCUCUCCCACACGAUCCGGGGCCCGGACGUCGUCGUGCGGGGCACCUACGCGGCGUCCUACGCGGCCUACCUCGUCGCGCUGCGCGCGCUCGCGGCGCGGCGAUGCUCGCCGGGCAUGCGGACGACGUGGUGGCUCUGCGCCGUCGGCGCGCUGCACGCCGUCGUGUCCAUCCCGGACGAAGCCGACGCGAAGCGGCGCCCGCGGCUCGGCGCCGCGCGGACCGUCGUGCACUACGGCUCCGCGCUGUCGUGCGUCCUGGGCCUCGGCUACGGCUUCGCGCAGCCGCGAAGCACGCACGCGGCGCUCAAGCUGCACUACUGCGCGUCGGCGCUCGCGCUGGCCCUCGCUUUGGGCGUCUGCAACGCGUCGAGCGCCGGCGGGGGCGAGGACGCGGGCGGGCCCUACUGGAGCCGCGUGCUCUUCAUGGCGUCGGAGUACAGCGUCUUCCUCGCGGGCGCCGUCGCCAUCGGCCGGCCGCUCGUGGCUCCCUAA